UGAGAUCAGUAAUCUCUCUGCUUGCGGUGAUUACUACGACCUGUGAUAAAAAGGAAAGGCCUGGCCUUAGUACUAAUUAGGUCACUGAGAUCCUCCUGCUUGCUUAUAAGACCGCACAGGAACAAGACAGGACAGUCACUCGGUUUCCUCUCUACAGCUUGGGAUCCUAACCUUACUGGACGUACAGGGAUUGAGAAUGCCACAUUUAACUGACUGUAGUUUCUACAAGAUGAGAGACGGAGCUCGAGUUUCCAGCGUUCAGAAUUGCCUGGAGAACUCCAAGUACCACCUCCACCAGACUCAGGCCCAGCAGGUCAAGCAAUACCUAACUUUGGGCAGCAAACUUGCUAGCCAGCCCCACUCGGUUGGCCAUCCUCACUCGGGCCAAGCCCUGGGAUCGGUGCCAGUCAUGCGCAACGGACACAUGCCACCUGUGAGCGACAGUAGCACUCCAGGAAGCCCUGUCACCCUGCUCACGCUGGCCAACAAUCACGACAGUGAGUUUCCAAUGGAUGAAGUUAUUGAUGAUCUUAUUAGCCUUGAAACCGGGUUCAAAGAUGGGGGUUUGGAUUGUAUGGAGCCAGGCAUCAUAAUGCAAAAUAAUGUAUCCCUGAACAACAUCAUGCAGGAGGUGUACGGCGUUGACCAAGAACUCGACACCAGAGUCCUGGCUAAAGAAAGACAGAAAAAAAACAACCACAAUCUAAUUGAAAGACGACGGCGAUACAACAUCAACUACAGGAUCAAGGAGCUCGGUACGCUGAUACCGAAGUCAAAUGACCCUGAUAUGCGCUGGAACAAAGGGACAAUCCUCAAGGCCUCGGUGGAAUACAUUAAGUGGCUCCAGAAAGAGCAGCAGCACGCCCGUGAUCUCGAGAGCCGACAGAAGAAACUAGAACAGGCCAACAGAAGACUCCUGCUACGAAUCCAGGAAUUGGAAAUCCAGGCUCGUGCUCAUGGUUUGCCCAGUAUGGCUGCUUCUAUGGGAGCUGUUGAACAUUCAUCACACCUUCUAAAGCAACAACAGCAGCACCAGAUGGUCACACCGGCCCCUCAGAGCACCCAGGCCCCGCCACAGCCAGGCCAGCCACUCGUCUAUCCUCAGGAGGACAUGAGCAACCCAGAAUACACCCAGCGGGCACCCUUACCAGCAGCCAUGGUUGAACAGACUGACGGCUCCAACACAUACUCCGAUCCUCUCUCCCACUUCACUGACUUCUUCUGCAGCACAUUGAAAGAAGAGCACCGGCUGGACGAGAUUUUGAUGGACGACCCUCUCUCGCCCUUUGGGACCGACCCGCUCCUCUCUGCCGGAUCGCCCACGGCGUCCAAAGAGAGCAGCCGCAGGAGCAGCUUCAGCUCAGAGGAAGCAGAUGAGCUCUGACCGUUCGGAUGCUGACCUGUAACACUGUGUAACUGACCUCCCAUUUCCAUUGGAUUACAAAGAUCUUACUCCAAUGUUGAGUCAGACACAUCAAAAAAGGGAGAUUGACUCAUUGAUCUACUGACAUUAAACUUCUGUGUAAAGAAUGGACUGUCUAUACAGCAAUAACACUGGUUACGUAUGAUCACUGGAUCACCAAAUGUAUAUUUCUGAAACUUAAAGGCAUUGUUGAGAUGGACCAGUUUAGAGAUCAGAGAGAUCUUUUUGUGCCUUAUCCAAAGCAGGCUAACUUUAUUACCACUGAGACCAGAAGCAAUGCAGACGUUAUUAGGCUAGAAGCAAAAAAAACAAGAAAAAAAGAACCAUAACGCAUCUUUCUAUAUUUCUUACAUAAUGUAUUUUUCCAGAAACAUACUGUUCAUGUAUUUAUGUUUUAAUCCCUGUAUUCUCUAACUUGUUACUUUUUAUAUAUAACUCUAGGGGUGUGGGAAAACACAAUAAACCCCUUUUUGAUAA